AUGGUUGCUGCCAAUACUUCAGGGAUUUUUAUUGUUCUGUUUGAUAAAUGGGAGACUAAGAACUGCUAGUAGUGGAAUUAGCAUCAAAGUGAUUCAAGAUCAACAUUACUGAAAAAGGGGGGCUCUUUUACUGGAGUUGGGGAAAAAUAAGCUAUGUUAUAUGCCAGAACUCUUUAGUAGAUAUGAACUUGGUCUUGCUUAUUCUGCAAAUCCUUGUUAGUGAUCAGACGUUGGUAAUAAAGGGCUUUUUUGGCUGUCAAAUUUGGUCAUAAUCUGCAUGUGCAGCUCGAUGCCACACAAGUACAUUAUUUCUCAAUAUUACUGUGAUGACGCUUUUUCUUCUCUUAAAGGUUCAUAACGAUGUUACUUAGCCAUACAAUUGCAGUAUUGAAUGGUAUAUUAACAUGCAUAUAACCCUCUUUAAGAAUGCUGAUACCACUUUUGGGGGCAGUAGGCAUCGAGAUGACUCAGGAGACAAACCAGACCCCAGGGCCCAUGUUGUGUAGUACAGGAUGUGGAUUUUAUGGAAAUCCUAGGACAAAUGGGAUGUGUUCCGUUUGCUACAAAGAGCAUCUUCAGCGACAGCAAAAUAGUGGUAGAAUCAGCCCAAUGGGAACAGCCAGUGGUUCAAACAGUCCUACCUCAGACCCUGCAUCUGUACAGAGAGCAGACACUAGCUUAAACAACUGUGAAGGUGCUGCUGGCAGCACAUCUGAAAAAUCAAGAAACGUGCCUGUUGCCGCUUUGCCUGUAACGCAGCAAAUGACAGAAAUGAGCAUUUCAAGAGAGGAAAAAGUAACACCGAAAACAGAGACUGAGCCAGUUGUUACUCAACCAAGCCCAUCAGUUUCUCAGCCUAGUACUUCACAGAGUGAAGAGAGAGCUCCUGAGCUGCCCAAACCAAAGAAGAACAGAUGUUUUAUGUGCAGAAAGAAGGUUGGCCUUACAGGAUUUGACUGCCGAUGUGGAAACUUGUUUUGUGGACUUCAUCGUUAUUCUGACAAGCAUAACUGCCCGUAUGAUUACAAAGCAGAGGCUGCAGCAAAAAUCAGGAAAGAGAAUCCAGUUGUGGUUGCUGAAAAAAUCCAGAGAAUAUAAAUUAACCUGCUUGCGAAAAGACUGACUGACUUUUUGUUUCAAUAUAUCCUAGGAAAACACAAAAGAGCAGGUGCAUGGCCAUUUUCCUUUGUUCUCCAAAGCUUUACUUUCAGUCUUGUCUGUCUUAAUGAUAUUUCAGAACGUUUGGGUGUUUGUUACAGGCAGAAUUGGAUAGAUACAGCCCUUGAAAAUAUAUAUGCCCUCCCCAGAAUGUAACUGGAUGAUCAGAAACCUGCACAGGAAUACACAUGCACAGAGGACAGACUAUAGUUCACAUGUGCCAAACAGAUGUAUGCUGUCUGCACAUUUGCAGCAAAUCUGCCUUUUGGGAUGUGUUUGAGGUAUAUAAUCAUUGGCUAGUGCUACGUGCCUGUUUUGGAGAAGGAUACAUCAAAAAGGUUGGCAGUCUACUUCUAUAAUUUAAAAUCUCAUGCUAAUUUUAGUUUCCACACUCCAUUGUUUUCCAGCAGAAUGCAAGCUAUGUAGAGGAGUCCACCAGCCUAGUAAGAUGCGUGUUGGUACCAUAUUUAAGAAAGUCACUUAACAAUUGCAGUGAGAAAAAUGGAAAAAAUCAGAUACAUGUGAGAAUAAAGCUCUUUUGGAAAAGAUUACGUGAACUUUAGAAAAUAGGUUCCCAAGUGAAAUGUCCUGCUAAGAACUUACGAACUGGUCUGCAUCACAGUUGUCUCUUUUUCCUUGCAUAGAUAAAAAUGUUGGGUAGCAAAAUACUGUAAGAUCAGUUUACAGGAAAAAAGUUACAUACAUUUUUAGGUAUACCACAGCAGCUCUGUCAAGCAACAUGUGUGAGCAAGUUGCUGAAAUAUUUGAGCAGUUUAUUAUUUAUAUACUACUUAAGUUCUGUGUGUUCUGAGUUCAAAAGAUUAUUAGGAGUUAAUUUUUUAUAGUUUUAAAUGUAACAGUUGCAUCGUUCUGCAUGGAAAACCAUACACAACAUGGCUGCUGUAGACUUAAGUGGUAGCUGGAACCACUCUUGGAGGGCUGCUUUAUAAUUUUUAAUUGUACUUGAGUGUGGGACUGUAGUGUUCUUGGGUGUAUUGCAUGGGCUGCAUUAUCUACAGCAUUGUACAAUAACAACUCUAGAAAAGGCAGUAUACUUCACUGAUGCUUGUCUGGUAAUAUCACUUCUGUGUUAUAAUGGAAGGGGUUUUUGUGAUGUAUGAAACUUGUGGUUUUUUUCUAUAAACAAGUACAGUUUAGACUAGUGUUGUGGUAAUGCCUGUUCUCAUCUGUAAAUAGUUAUGUAUGUACACAAGGCACUACUCCUGAACUCUUUAAUUUUUAUUGCAGUGUUCAAUCUUAGUUUUUACUUCCUAUUAAAAGCAUCAUGUUUUUGCUUCUAACUUUGUUCUUCUGAGUUAUUAGAUAAGAAAACAUGUACAGAUAGUUCAUAUUUAUGUAUUGCACAUAAUCCUACCCAGCAUCUAUGCUAUAUUGUAUUAUGUAAAUAAUAAAAAUCAUGUACAGAAGGAA